UUAAUCAACCGCUACACUCAUUCUUAACACAAAACGGAAAUGAUCUUAACACCUCUGUCGAUAGUGGUAAUUCUAGUUUUCGGAGCAUUGCUGCGUUGAUAGUCUUCGCGAAAUCGCAGGUCAAGGGCAAAAGAGGUGUGGACGACCUCUCCCAAGAUCUAAUGAAAUUCUUCAAGGGCAAAUGCAGGCCUCUGGGAACAGCUGACUCAAGUUGCUAUGUGGAAUCAAGAGAGGAGGAACCAGGACUUUAUCUUGACAGGUGUCCGUGUGUUAGAGAACACUUCUGCGAGGGAAAUGGGAUGAUCCUCCCUCCUUUGGGAGAGUCAGGUGUGUGUCGACCAAAGGUCGAGAAAUGUAACGACGUAAAGGACUGCGGUAAAAACGAAUGCUGUGCUAGCAGGGUGCGACCCAGGGAAAGCGUGACCUGACCAAAAGUUUCUCUGGCACAUGUCAACCGAUGGGGACGACUGGA